CUUCACAAACUCGCCUACCCUCCCUCUUCCUCGCAUGACCUAAUGCCCUGACCUAGCCAACCAGCUCCAAGUCCAAUCCAACCGAUUGCGGCUCUUAAACCUCUGUAAAGUCUACCACCGCCGUGCCUCAGAGCUGCCCUGUGCGGGCGUGCCGUAGUUUUCGCGUCAGCGCCCCGCCCACCUCCGAAGCCUUCUGCUUCUCUGCGUCGCCUCCGCCGUCGCCGUUCUCCUCAUCGCGUGCCUGCCGUCUCCACCCCGCCCGCAAUCUUGUGCAUCGAUUUUUGAGGCUUUACCAUGAGCGCGAAAUUGCUCAAGAACCUGAGCCUGAGGAGGCUCCUAGGACAACAAAGAAAUUCAAUUGAUUUAUACAGAACAUCGCGAGCAUGGAGCUCUACCGCUUCUUUUGCUGAUGUUGAUGGGAAGAGCGGCGUGAGUGGCGAUGGAGACGAUGAUCUUGCAGGUUCUGGGAAAGAGACCGAAUUUCGUGGUGUUCACCGGGCAAUUAUUUGUGGCAACGUUGGACAAGUCCCUGUGCAGAAAAUACUGAGGAACGGCCACACGGUGACUGUAUUUACUGUCGGGACAGGGGGCAUGUUUGACCAGAGGAGAGUCGGUGCUGAAAACUUGCCAUUGCCAGCUCAGUGGCAUCGCAUAGCUGUUCAUAAUGAGGAGCUUGGUACUUAUGCUGUUCAAAAGUUGGUCAAGAAUGCUGCAGUUUAUGUUGAGGGUGACAUUGAGACUAGAGUCUACAAUGACAGAAUCAAUAAUCAAGUGAAAAAUAUACCUGAGAUCUGUGUGCGGCGUGAUGGCAAAAUUCACUUGGUUCAGUCUGGGGACAGUGAUGUCAGCCAAUCAUUGGAAGAAUUAAGGGAAGGACUAUUCUAGUCGCGAUCAAUGCUAGUGAAGGACAACAAGGUAGAGGAGGAAGAAUUGGGCAGUUGAAGUCUUAUACUUGGGACAAGCCCGUGGAAUUUAUUUAUUUUUCUUAAAAAGUUUCAUCAAUACUAUUAGUACUGAAGGUCUGAAUGCCCUUGUAGAUGCAAAGCCCUGUGCUUCAUUUCCGUCUAUGGAAGCGUAUGGAUUUUAGUGUUGAAGUUGAUUUUGUAUUGUCGCCUGCUCUUGAGCUCUUGGAGAGAAACUGUGAACAUGCUUUGUUUCUGACUGAUGCUCGGGUCACCUGUGGCCUGUGCUCUUAGUGAAGACCAGUUUCAGUUA